GAAAGGUGUCGGAUGCGAGUACGUUGAUCGAAGGCAACGCGUAUUGGAACGGAAAAUGGAACUCGAGCGAUUGGAAAAGAUGAUAUUCCACUCGCGUCCGCGAGAUGAUUUCGACACACGUGGGAAAAAUCGUGUGCAGACCACAGAGGACAUUACCAAGGACGAGGUGACAAGACUCGAGGAGGCGUUCGCCAAGCUGCGCAGCGCCAUCGGAGUGUCUAGGUCCGAGGACGUUCUGAACCGGUUUCUGGGUCAGCGGGCGACCAAGGAUAAUCUGCAGAAAAUGCGGGUGGCCACCGAGCAGGAGAAAAUGACCUUAGAAAAGCAGAGGCAGGAAUAUGUCGCUGAGAUGGAGACCAGAAAGUUCUCUGAAACGAAGAACGCGGAACAAAAUGCGGAACAAGUAGAAAAUCUCAACAGUCGAAUCAACGAGCAGCGUUCGCGCCAAUCGAAAGCAGAAGAGAAACAUCGGAGGGUCGAAGAUCUUUUGCAAGAAAUAACUAUGUCGUUGUGGAACUUGUGCAAUAAAUUCCGGGAUAUACUUGACACGCUGCCUGAAGAUCAAAAGGAAAUCCAAAAUCCUUUACAACUCAUAGAAUUAGUGAACGAGAAAGUGAACGUCGCGAUUGAAACUCUAGGCGGCCCGGAUAAGUAUCUCGAAAUUUUGAAUGAAGCAAUAAUUGAUAAGUUGGAAACAGUGUCGAUUGCAACUGCAUCGGUAGAAGGAAAAGCAAUACGUACAAAUGGCGGACAACUUUUCCCGCGAUUUCCAUUAUCAGCGAUACCGGCUGCGGUUCCAUCCGAAGACGAGGAGGAUGUUCCAACCAGAAAUGUUCUCAAGAAACAGGCACAGCAACUGUUCGACAUAAAAAGCCGUCGUAAAGGAUUUACCUUUAGAAGAUGAAUUUCCUGUUUAAAAAAUAAAUUCGAACGGUCCUAUGUAAAUUAAGGUUAUAUUAUAAAAUAGCCUUAUUAACUACAAGGCUAAUCAUUAACUAAAUAUUAGCUAGUGCUCUUUCACCCUGCUUCGAUAUAAACAAUGUUUUAGUAUUUAUAGUUUGUUUCUGCCUUUAAUAUUGUGACUAAAGUCGUCAAAUAAAUAAAGUAAGAUGUGA